AUGUGCAGGAUCAGGGGCAUGUUCUGGCUCAGCACCCUCCAGGGCAUCCCUGUCCUGCAGGCGGAGGUGAACGACGCCACCAUCGCGAACGUGGCCAGCGAGAUCGUCGGCAUGGCGGCUUCCCACCAGGUGGCGACAACCGCCACUGCCCAAACCGUGGUGAGGACUGCGGUGAUUUUGGACACGAGCAACUGGGAGGCGAUGGCAGCCGCAAUGGUGGUCGUUCGGAUGCUGGCGCCCCGCUUCAUGCUCGAGCCCACGGACGCGCCUCUAAUCAUCCCCGCCAGCAUGUCGCUGCCGGAUGCGGUAACCUAUGUCCUUUUCAUCUGCACCAACGGUGCCCUUGUUGCGGAGCCGUGCGUUCGAACUAUCGUUGCAGCGAAGGAGCGUGGCUUGCCCGUGCUGCCGAUCAUCGCUGAAGACAACUUCCUGUUCCCAUCGAAGAAUUUUGUGGAUGUGAAUCGCCAUGUCUUGUCGCAGAUCUUGCGCAGCAUGGGAGACCACGAGAACAAUAUUGAGCGCUUCGCAGCUAUCCCCGCCAUCUUCAACACUAUCGGUGUUACUUUCAAUGUCAAGAUGGAGUCCGAGCUUGGGUUGAAGAUCAGGUCGGAGGAGAUCCAUGAACGGAUCAGGAUGGCCACCACACGCGUAGUGUAUCACCAAGCCGAAUCAGGAAGAUCACGAGACUCACCGACAAUGGCAGACCUUCCAUCGGGGAGUAGUGCAGAUGGUAAGGUCCUCCAGGACCUUCCAUCUGGGAAUAGCACAAGUUCGUUCGCCUCCGCCGGGGAAUGA